AUAUAUAUUACUCUCCUAAACUCACUUCACCUGCUUAUAAAUCUUUUGGUGUCGUCGGUGUUUAUUUUGGUCAACAACACAAGCAUCAUGUCUUCUUCAUCUACCCAAGAGAUGAACUUUGAAGAAUAUGUUCGUUCCUUACUAAUCCCAAUAGAAGAGAUAGAAUACGCCACCAACAACUUCGCUGAUGAAAAUCUCCUCACACGUGGUUCAUCUUUUCAUGUUUACAAAGGACAACUCCUCUUGCAACAAGGGGACUCCAUCAAUAUUGUUGCUAGGAUAUGUCCACAAUGGGUCAUUGUGGAUACCGAGCUUAUGUUUUUUCAACAUCUCAAGCACAAAAAUAUCGUUUCUACAUAUAAGUGGACUUUGAAGGAUAUAGAUAAGGAUGAUGAGGCAUUCAUCAUCAUCAACAAGUAUGAGGCCAAUGAAAGUCUUGACAAACAUCUUGGUAGCCCAACGCUCACUUGGAUGCAAAGAUUGCUUAUAUGUGUCGGGGUCGCACAUGCACCGAGUUACCUUCAUUAUGAUGCAGGAGAAAAUCAUUAUCUCAUACACGGUAACAUCAGAAGCUCCAAAAUUUUACUAGAUCACAACUGGGAACCCAAGUUACAUGGUUUUAAAUUUGCGGUUAUAGCUAAAACGCAUCAUCUUCACCUUACCGGUAAGUACAAUGGCUCAUUGCAUUAUAUGGACCCGGCAUAUGAAGACACGAGAGGUUUGAAUCAUAAGUCAGACAUUUUCUCCUUUGGUGUCGUGUUGUUUGAAGUCUUGUUUGGAAGAGAAGCGUCUAUUCCAAACGAUGAUAACUGGUAUUUUGCUCGAAUGGCUAGAGCACAUUAUGAAGAAAGAAAACUUGAUAAUUUGAUAGAUCCUGUUCUUCAAAAACAAAUGAACUUGCAAUCAUUGAACAUGUUCGCUGAAAUAGCAUAUUGUUGCAUAAAGGAGAAACGAUCACAGCGUCCCGACAUGAAUACGAUACGCACAAGACUUGAGAGAGCAUUGGAACUUCAACGCAAACAUGAACAAAUAACACUUGUGGCUGUUGAAGGUACAACAUCCAACCAUUUGAAGGCAAGAUAACUUUUUUCAGUUUGAUUCAAGUGAUUGCAGCAAAUAAUAGUUACCUUAGACCAAUGCUACAAAGUACAAACAAAAUA